CCCUUCAUGUUCCUUCCCCUGCUCUCACCAACGUCUCCAAAUUUCAAAUUCCCUCUACCCUCCCGACCCCUUCUCGGCCACCCGAUGGCGAUCGCCGCGGAGUCGCAGCAACAAGAGAAGACUCCUUCGAAGGCCUCAGCGGUGGAGAAGCGAUGGACGCUCAAUGAUUUCGACAUUGGAAAGCCUCUUGGAAGAGGAAAGUUUGGUCAUGUGUAUCUGGCCAGGGAAAAAAGGAGUAACCAUAUUGUGGCACUGAAAGUGCUGUUCAAGAGCCAGCUCAAGCAAUCUCAAGUUGAGCAUCAGCUGCGACGUGAAGUUGAGAUACAGAGCCACCUCCGGCAUCCAAACAUACUACGCCUAUAUGGUUAUUUCUACGAUCAGACUCGUGUUUAUUUGAUACUAGAAUAUGCAGCAAAAGGUGAACUUUACAAUGAAUUGCAGAAGUGCAAGUACUUCAGUGAAAGACGCACUGCUACUUACAUCUCAUCUUUAGCCCGGGCGUUAAUAUACCUCCAUGGGAAGCAUGUGAUUCAUAGAGACAUCAAACCGGAGAAUCUUCUGAUCGGACUACAGGGUGAGCUGAAAAUUGCAGAUUUUGGGUGGUCAGUUCACACAUUCAACCGCAGGCGGACAAUGUGUGGAACACUGGAUUACCUUCCGCCUGAAAUGGUGGAAAGUGUGGAACAUGAUGCCAGUGUGGAUAUUUGGAGCUUAGGUGUAUUGUGCUAUGAGUUCCUUUAUGGGAUGCCACCAUUUGAAGCAAAGGAACACUCUGAUACAUACAGAAGGAUAGUCAAAGUUGAUCUCAAGUUCCCGUCGAAACCAGUUGUUUCUCCCGGUGCAAAGGACCUCAUCAGCCAGAUGCUUGUCAAAGAUUCCACUCAACGUCUUCCGCUUCACAAGCUGCUCGAGCAUCCAUGGAUAGUGCAAAAUGCAGACCCUUCCGGUGUAUACAGAGGAUGAUAACUUCGAUUCCUCGCUGUCCACUUUAUGUAUUUUCUACCAUCAUUUAGGCAGAAAAUACAAGUUAAAAAGAGGGUGUUAGAGAAAUGAUGACCAAGGAUGUUUUAGUUCAGAAUCUUUCGAUGAUGAAAUAUUCUGCUUGUAUUCUGUAUGUAGUCUACUCUUGUUGGUUUCCAGUCUAGUUUAAUUAGUGACCACAUCUACUCUUCUUAAUAAGAUUUGUUGUCCUAUUGAUUUCUCACAA